CAAAGUUCCUUAUUCUCUUGCUGUUAGCUGAAACUUUUUAUAAAAUAAAUUUGCUGUUUCACUUUUCUUUUAAAAAGCAAGCUGAAUUACUUGGAGGAGGAAAGCAGGAGUAAUAGAGGAGACAGAGCGAAGCCAGCUGGAACACAGAGACCUUCGGAGCAUCUUAUGGAAUUCAUAUUCUGUGGAAGAUACUUUGGGAAGUGCUGAAUUAAAGAAAAAAGUUUUUCUUUUUUGACAUCAUUUACAUGUCAACCAUGUUUUCUGAGUUACACCUUCACAUAAGUGUCUGAAGGAGAAUUGAAAAACAUCCUUGCUGCAUCAGAAAUAUAUUAACAAGCCAUCUCUUUGGGGAAACACGAUUCCUGGAGGGGUGGUAAUUUUAAACAUCUGACAUCCUCUAACAAUGACCUUGAGUACACAGGACAUUGUGCCUGUUUAUUUAGACCAUACAUCCCUAGAAUGUGCACAUAAAGAGUGAAGGACUCUUUUGAUCAGCAUGGAGAGAAAACUUAUGUCCUUGCCUCCAUCCAUCUCCAUACCAGAAAUGGAACCCAAUGGCACCUUCAGCAGUAACAACAGCAACGGGAACUGUACAAUUGAAAACUUCAAAAGGGAUUUUUACCCCACUGUGUACCUGAUAAUAUUUGUCUGGGGAACGUUGGGAAAUGGCUUUUCCAUCUAUGUUUUCCUGCAGUCUUACAAGAAGUCCACGUCUGUGAAUGUUUUCAUGCUAAACCUGGCCAUUUCAGAUUUCUUAUUCACAAGUACACUACCCUUCAGAGCUGACUAUUACCUCAGAGGCUCCAACUGGAUAUUUGGGGACCUGGCCUGCAGGAUUAUGUCUUAUUCUAUGUAUGUUAACAUGUACAGCAGCAUUUAUUUCCUGACUGUGCUGAGCAUCGUGCGUUUCCUGGCAACUGUUCAUCCCUUCCGGCUCCUCCAUGUCACCAGCAUCAGGAAUGCCUGGACUCUGUGUGGGAUCAUAUGGAUCCUUAUCAUGGCUUCCUCGGUAUUGCUUCUGAAAAAUGGCUCUGAGCAGAGGGGCAGUGCUGUAUUAUGCUUAGAGUUGAAUAUCAGUAAAAUUGUUAAACUGCAGACCAUGAACUACAUUGCCUUGGUGUUGGGCUUCCUGCUGCCAUUCUUCAUGCUCAGCAUUUGUUACCUGCUGAUCAUUCGAGCUCUGUUAAAGGUGGAGGUCCCAGAAUCGGGUCUGCGGGUUUCUCACAAGAAGGCACUUAUCACCAUCAUCAUUGCCUUGAUCAUCUUCCUCCUGUGUUUCCUGCCCUAUCACGUACUGAGAACCCUCCACCUGCUUGUGUGGAAAGUGAAUAAAUGUGAAGAGAAGCUGCAUAAAGCAGUGGUCAUCACACUGGCCUUGGCAGCAGCCAAUAGCUGCCUCAAUCCUUUGCUCUAUUACUUUGCUGGGGAAAAUUUUAAGGACAGACUAAGGUCCACACUCAGAAAAGAUCACCUACAGAAGACAAAGUGCAGCAUUCCUGUAUGCAUGUGGUUGAAAAAGGAAACACAAGUUUAAGGGGUUUGGAGGUGAGGCCUGUUCUUGUAUCCUUGUGCUGACCUUCAUUCACACAUAGUCCCAAAUGACCAUGUAUUUACACCAUUUCCAACGAAGGUCAAUCAAGUCCUACUCCAAACAUUUUAUUAGGUGUGUUUUCAGUGGUUGAGUCUAGAUGAGAAAUGUAGCAGGCAAAAUCUCCACUAGUCUUGCAACCUAAAAUGUUAGACUGGGAAAAAAUACUUAGCACAUUGUGUGCUUCUUUUCGUCAGAUUCUGUACCAGAUCUUGGUCCCACCAGGCAUUCUAAAUUAACUUUAAGAUAACCUCAGAUUCCCCAGCUUCUCCAGUUCCUCUUGCAUCUUCAAUCCCCUAAGAUAUAGCCAGUUUACAAAGCUAACGGAGGUUCCAGAGCAGAUAAGAAAAGCAUCCUCAGAAUUCACUGAAAAGACUUUGUGAAGAAGGCUGGCCUUUGACGAAGCAGAGUCAAGGUCCCAAACAAGAACAGUGAGAGAAAAAGGGAGAGAAGGACUGGGGCAAGAAAGAGCUGGUGAAAAGUAGGGAGAAGGAGAAAUUUCAUUUUGCACUGGGAAGGAGGCUCUAGUCCACUGAAGGCAAGAAGUUUCUCUUUGCCUCUCUUGCCAGGGGGCUAGAAAGGAUAGGAAGAGUAAGAAAAGGAACUGGGCCAUUGCCUAGGGGUGGAGGGAUUACGUGUGAAAUAGCCGAGAAGAGGGGGUUACUCUUGGGAUUUGGGUUUGGACUGACUUCACUGCAGUUCUGAGUCUUGCACAUUAAUCUAUCGGGAUGGGAGCCAGAAUAAAGGAGGUUGCUCUAAGUGUUCGGCAGGGCACUGAAAGAGAGGGUGGGGUGGAGGAUAAGUUGCAAAGGUGGUUGUAUCCCUGAAAUUCUAUUAAUAUUUUGGCAAAAUAUGCAUAGGGUGGCUUUCCUUUGAGGGAGUAUAGAAAAGAAAUGGAUAGUGGGAAGGGGUUCUUUCUGGCCACUGAAACAAAGCUAAAGAGACUACCAACUUCUACCUCCAGACCCCAGACCACUGUACCACCAACAAUUGAAUGCCCUCUCCAUGCUGGGCAGACUGUGCCAGACACUUCACAUUCAGUAAACCCCAUUUAACCCUCACACCAAAGUCUUAUGUUUCUAUUUUACGAAUGAAGAACCUGAAGCUCAGAGAAAUUAAGAAGCUUGUUCAAGUUCACACAGCUUGUAAGGGUUUAAAAAAUAUCUGUGAAGAAGGGUUAGCUGGUGCUUAUGCCACCACUCUCCCUACAAAUCUCCGGGAAGAUUGGUAGAAAGUGAAUAAAAGUUCCCUUUCCUCACCAGGCACCUACCUUUCCUCAUUCUCACAAGAUUUUCUCUUUGGAGUUAUUGACCUCAGGCAGAGUGGAGUGUGGGAGGGAGUUGGUGACCUCAAGCUAGGGAGAAAGGGAAUAUCUUCAUAGUAAACAAGAGCCCCAGGGCCCUUCCCUUACUCAGCUGUCAGAAUGCUGAUAGACUCAUAUCCUGUCAAAACAUGAGCCCGCAGGAUCCCCCUGUGGGGAAACUGUCCAACCCAAGAAAAAGACUAACAGAUACAGACUGUUGAGGAUUUCCCAACACAAAAGCCAGCACCUGCCCUAUUACCUACCUGAAAGGGAAGCUCACACUGCAACUAAUCCCUUCCAUUCAGAGAGCAUCUAGUCAACCUGUUAGAGUCUCACUCUUAACUAUGAACAGUCAAUGACCACUACACUUUGGGGGCAGGGGGUGAGGGCCCAAACAUGAAAAACACCUACAAAUAAAUGAGAGGGUAGAUAGAGACAUUUUCAGUGUGAAAGGUCUCAACACUUUUAUCACCCUUGCACUUUUUAUCAGAAACCCACUGGAGGAUGUGCUCCUCCAAAAUAAGUGAUUAAGCCAAGAUAGAAGAAAACAUGGCAUCUAGGAAACAAGGAAUCCAACACAGGAGAAAGGUGAACGACAUAAGAUGUUGGUGGUAGCAGAAAAACAAGAAACUAAUUGAUUUGCAUGCAUUGGAGGGAUUUGUAGUUUUCUUGAAGAACUUGGGAUGAACUAGUGAAAAUACUUAGAAAAAUAAGCAAAGGAAAAGACACUGUGAUCAUUGAAUGCUAGCAGAAAGAAACAGUUGUUUAAGAACAGAAAUAUAAUCACAGUACACUACAUGGCUCAGCUGUGAAUAAUGUUUACACAGAGAAUAAUGUAAAUAACAAAAUACGAUGAUAUAACUUUUUUAAGAAAUGAGAGGAUAUGUAUGUGGGGGAAGGGUGUAAGAAGUCUAGGUCUCCAUCUGCCAUCACAGAAAAUUCAUAACAACUAAAGCUAGAGAAUGAUAAAAGCUGUAGAAAAAUCUUAUUUAGCAAUAAGAGCUGCAGUCCAGAAGAAACCAUGAAAAGGACGGGCAGGGAUGGCCUCUGGAGAGUUUGGGGUGGGACAAUAGGGUGGAAAUUUCUCUUUUCCUUUUAAGAACUUUUUAGCCAUCUAACUUGCAAAUAUGUAUUGUUGAAAUAAAAA